AUGAAGCUCGGAGUCCGCAGUCCAUUGGGAGCCGAUGUCCAGUUAAUUGAAUCAUACGCCCUUUGGACGGGGUCAGACGUCCAAGGUACUCAAUACACCUUGAUGUCCAGUGGAGCCGGUGACCACUGCCGCGACCAGGAAGUUAUGCGUGUGGCUCUUACUCAGGUAUUUAACACGUUUUACGAAACCGGUCUUGCCAACAGCACUCCAGCUAAUCAGUUAUUCAUUCUACCGGGACACAAUUUUGUUCAUGUCCUACUGGGGAACGAGUAUGCUUCAGAGAAGCACCAGAAACCCAUAAUCCAUGAUGAUCUGGCUCAGGAAUAUCUGGAUUUCAUUCUCACAAAUCUAACCGAAGGUGACAAAUCCGGUCUUUUCGAACCGACAGAGCACACAAAACAGGUGCACAAAUCGUUUGACGUGCCCGAAACAUGUGCACCAUCCUACACCGCUUGGAACUAUCCACCGCCGGAUCAGCCCGAGGAGCACACAUUCAAGGCGUUUCUUCACCUACAUGUGACCUCUAUGCUGGAUCAGGUUACCAAUAGGAGUACUGCGUUUGGACCAGCCCCAGUUGCCUACGAGCUUCCUACCUGCAAAUCAUGGUUUAUGGCAUGUUACAAACUGUACACAAGUCUCAUGUCGGACGAUACACCCGCUUCCGAUGGGGCACAUGGGAAGCCAGAUAAUCACUCCAGUGGAUCACUGGCUCAAUCCUGGCUGCAUGCAUUUCACAUGGCCAUCUCUCCUUCGUCCGCGUCUUUGCGCAAUUCCGCAACCCUGUGCCCGUCCGUUCUAGACACCGAAACGGAUUCUAAUGUACGACCUGCUGGUGACGUGCCGACCACAUCCCCAAACGAUGUGCUUCGUCGACUAUCGGAUGUGCGUUGUCGAGCUGCACUGUCCGCAGCCGAAGCUCAUUACAAGAGCGAUCUGCCCAUUCAUUACUCCAACACAUACCAUCUAGUCAAGGUUGUGUCCGCUUUCAAUGUGUUCCUCAGUCUGGCUCGUGGACCCGCUGUGUUCCGGGCAUUAGAGCAACUAUCCCAACGUUUGGCCCACAUUUAUCUAGCUGGUCGCGUGACAUGCAGCGCGGUAUCCGUCACCGGACAUGCAUGCCAGUACGAGAUGCACCGUGUCCCGGACGAUGCAGCUCCGCUCCGCGCCGUUCUAGCCGGUUUGGAUAGGAGAACAUUAUACGCGGAUGACGGUGCCCUCGACCGAGCUUAUGCUUCUCGCGCUCCAGGCUAUCGUCGCAAUCACCACCAUCAUCAGAAUAGUCUAGAUGCGAAAAUGGCCCUUACUCGAGUUGUUCCAUCUGGACUAAUGGGCAAAUGGCGUGCCUAUUGGAUUGAAUCGCUUCUCGCCUGUCACCCAUCUGAAGCAACCGAACUGCUCAGUCCAGGCGAUCCAACUCCUCUCGGAGAAAACCAAGAACCACCGAAAUCGUCAUCAAAAGAUACCACAACCGGGAUCACAGACAGUGCCUCACUGGACGGUAAACAACAUUUGGCCGUGAUGCCCCAUCGUUCCCAACAUCUGCUACGGCGCUCAUGCAACUGUGGUCGAGUACAAGACUUAUGUUGGGACCCAUUCGAUUACAAAGAUGCAAACUGGCGUUUCUACGCAUCUAUGGACAGUGUGUGCUGCAAUAAGUUAGCAUCUAUUCCUCUCGCUCCGUUGUGUCUCAUGCAUCCGGGACAUCUAUUCUGUUUGCCGCAAGAUGAAGAAGUUCGUGAUAGUGAACGGUUGGCUACCGGUAUCAGCCAAACGCACUCCGCAGCACAAAAUGUAUCAACCGAACCGACUAGCGUAGUUUCGGGAGCCAACGCGGAACCGGUUGCAGUUCUGACACGGCGUUUAGCCGCCCCGGAAGAUAGCACCGGUGGGAUGCCAAACGACGAUGGGAAUGGGGACAAAUUGUCCGGUUCGAUGCUGGACCCGGGAGGACUGUCUCAGCCACGGGAUAAUCCAUUACUUAUGUUAUCCUCGGCAGACUCUAUCCAUCAAGAACAAGUGACUUCAUCCCAAGGAACUGAGGAAUUGGUGGACGUUGGAUUUGACGAGGCAGUGAACAAAAUCCGUAAGUCCUUUGAUGCAACAACAAAUAUCAGUCUCAUUCCCCUUAAAUUAUAUUUGUUUUUUCUUUGA